UUGUACCGGGUUCCGACAUUUCCGCUUCCAGGGCGACGGUGACGACGGUAGCGGUGGGAAUAGCGGCAGGACCAGCAGCAGCGAUAGCCGAGGCGUUUUGCUUUGGUCUCCCCGAGAGAGGGGGAGCCGGCACGCCGGGAGUUUGAACUCAGGUGGAAGCUGGAGGUGGACGUACAGCAAUAUUGUGCUUCUUUGCAAAGAAGACCUCAACAUCCUUUCCCUAGCAAGGGCCAUCCUGAAGGGGGAUUUAGAUUUGGGGUGACUCAUCUGCAAGAGCAGCACAGUCUGUAAUUUUUCUCAGCUUUUAACAAGGCUGGGAAAACUUGCUGCACGCCAUUCUGGACUCUCCGACUCCAGAAAGAUGUCAACAAAGUGGAAGGUAUUGGACGGGACCGGCGCAGAAACGAUUUACUGAAAAAUCUUUGUAGUCGUAAAAUUCUUUCCUGGGCAAGAGAGAGAAAGCGUAAGGACUUGGCGUAAUCUCCGUAUUGAGGACUGUCAGACUAACGCGAUGGCUCAGGCGAGCCUCUUGGCAUGUGAGGGACUCUCUGGUGUUUGCCUGGUGCCAACAGUUGCCAGCAAGAAGAUGAUGCCGAAACAAAGCUCUAAGCAGGUGGAGAACGGGGAGAGAGGGGGUGCGCCGGACAUGCUGGGUCAUCGCAAGGAGAGCGAGAAAUCGCGUAGUCGGAAGGAAGAAGAAACAGCAGAAGGGUCUCCUCCUAAAAAAUCCCUUAAAAAGGUAAUGGUGAUAGAGCAGAAUGGAUCCUUCCAGGUCCGGAUUCCCAAGAAUUUUAUUUGUGAGCACUGUUUUGGAGCAUUCCGGAGCAGUUAUCACCUCAAGAGACAUAUCCUUAUUCAUACUGGAGAGAAGCCUUUUGAAUGUGACGUGUGUGACAUGCGCUUCAUCCAGAAGUACCAUCUGGAGCGCCACAAGCGUGUCCACAGUGGAGAGAAGCCAUAUCAGUGUGAACGCUGCCUGCAGAGCUUCUCCAGGACAGACCGGUUGCUGAGACACAAACGAAUGUGCCAGGGCUGCCCCAGCAAAGCAUCCGACUCCCAGCUACUGCUUUAGAGUUGGGCCAGAGAAGAGUUGGGCUUUUAAGAAGGAGCUGGGACGCCCACCAGAUGCUCUGGGAGUGGGCUUGUUCGCCUGCUUGUGUUUUGCGCCUGGGUUUGCCUGCUGAGCCUACUCCUGUGGAAGGAGCAGAGCUGAAAGUGGGCAUAGACUUCAACUAUGGUCUUGACACUGUAAAUAAAUGGAGGACAAAGCAGGGCUGGCUCCCAGCCAUUUUGGGAAGCUCGCUGCAGUUGGGGAUAAACAUUGCCAAGGGUGCGCUUUCUGUUUCUGUUUAGUUUCUUUGAAAUUAUCACCAUUUGCCUCAGGAAAGGCUUUGAAAGCAUAGUGGGGGGGCCUUCUGCAAGCCAUUCUGACCAGAUCCGGUGCUCUCAAUUAACAGACGAUCUGCCAGAUGGCUUGAUAUUUGGGCUUGCAAAAGUGGGAGAACGACAGGCAAAUAUUUUAUGGAAAAAAAAAAAAAACAGUGAUCACCGCCAGUCGAGCAGCGAACUAUUUUGCGGAGCUGAUCCACUACCUGGAACGGAUUAGCAGCAGCAGGAUACUGCACUCUGGCAUCACAAGAGACUGUCUCAUUUAUGCUUGGGCAUAAGGUCUACGGGACUUUUUUUUUUCUUUCCGUGCUAUUCUCUUAACCGUGAUUAGUGGUCUCAACUUUCAGGUUUCAAGAAACAAGGGCUGCAGAAGGUGACAUGCUGUUGGGUCAACAUAGAGAUCUACCUUAGAUGUGUUCCAUUUAUCAAGAUCCGGUUGAUAUUCAGCUGGCUGGAAGGCUCUGUUUUCCUCCCAGGAGAGGAGGAUAAUUGUGUGUGGUCCCUUCACUUUCCCUUGUAAAUAGCCAUCCAUUCAGGACCUACCUGUUACAUAUCCCUUCACGUGGAAUUCAGAGCUUUCUUAGGCGGCAAUCCUGUUUCCGUAUAAAUAAUAUGAAGCGCCAGCUCUAGUCCAUGGGCACCCAUCUUCUAAGCCUCAUGCUGAAGAACGGCGAUCUCUGUGGGGGGAGAGUAGGGGAGGGCCUCUUGAUAAGUCUCUUGGAAUAAAAUACACCUUGGGAAGACUGAGGGUCAGCAUUCCCAUGCACCAUGAAUUCUGAUUGUUCCUGGGAUGCUUCGUUGAAGUUUGAAAAUAAGGCUUGUUGCCAAUAUGCAAUUUUUUAAUACAUGCUAUUAUUUCAGCUUAGUUGCAAUAGGCAGUGGCAGGUUUGCAAGGGAAAGCAGGAACCCUCCCAAGACCCUUGUCCCCCCCCCCCCCCCGUCACAUUUACAAUGGUCUUUCUACAGGGCAAGUAAUAAUUUGUCUCUUGAGUCUGGAAUAAACUUGUUAGAGGAGCAAACACCUCCAUCUGAAUGAUAGAUACAAAUCUCACUUGGGCUUCAAAUACAUCCCUCCCUGAAUUAACUACUCUUGAGUUAUGCCUUGCUUUAAGAUAGGUUUUAACCAAGGGCUAUGUUGGUAGAGGAAUGGUGAUCUUUGGUCACGCUGGAGAGCUUCGUUCUUGAGGGGCUGCAAGUAGAAAGGUUUUAUAAACAGAGAUGGGAUACUUUAGAUCACUGUUUUUCAAACUUGACAACUUUAAGAUGUGUGGGCUUCUUAACUCCCAGAUGUGUGGCUGGGAAAUUUUGGGAGCUGAUCUUAACAAUUGCCAAGUUUGAAAAAUUCAAGAUUGUUGCCCCCCCCCCCUUUCAACUAUUUAGGAGAUUCCAGUGUACUAGCAAGAGGCAUUGUUCUUUUGAUCAUCUUUCUUCUUGCCUAGGGAUCAUGGGAGUUGUAAUCCAAUAAAUCUGGAAAACAUUAGCUUGGGGAAUGUUACUGUAGAGGAGAUCAUUUUUUAAAAAAUAAAAGCUCUUUGAUUCCCCUUCCCUUGUUCAUUGGAAGAGCCAAUAUUAUUCACAGCCUAAAAUUAACAUUGACUUUUAGUUUGCAGUUUCUAGGAAUGAUUAGGACAUCCCAAACUCUUGGAGGUUUGUUGCAGUUUUGGUGGGGCUGAUAAAAAUGAAAAUGGCUGCUCUUUAGAAAAAAAAAACAUACCACCCUAAUAUCUUUCAGUUUCCUGAGGAUUGUUUCUCACCAAAGGGAAAUAAAAUAAUUGCUGUAGGAAAAGGUUUGAGGAAAUGUAGAUAUUUAGGAAAAAAGGAGGAAAGGAAAUUGGAAUGUAACUGUUUCAGGGGAAAGUAACAAUGUGCUCAGGUGGGAGAAAAAAAGUUGCUUGAGUAGAAGAAAUCUCUUUGUCAAGUACUAGAUGUAUUUUUCUGUCCUUCUGGUCCUAAUCCAAUAAUUGAGACAUGGCAUUAUAAAGCAUAUUCACUGUUGCCUAGUAUUUCUCUAAGAGACGGGGUGAAUCUCUUGAGUGAACCGCCUCAUACUGCCAAAUGCUUUACGUGCCAAGCAGGGUAAUGACUCUGGGCUCUUUGGGGUCCUCUAAAGCAUGUGCAGCUUUAGGAGCACAGGGAUGUGUUUUGCUUAGGCUCUGCCCUCUUGCUAGGGUGCUGCCAUAGGAACUCGGGAGGCUAGUUAACACGAUGUACUCUGGGAGAGGAAUUCCACAUUCUUGACCAGCGCAGUCAUUUAUCAACAAUCUAGAUAGGCAUUAAUUGGUGUCUGCCAAUUUUUGUUGUCCAGCUCUCUUUCCUUGUUCAGGAGUGAAGGAAGAAGAAUGUUAACCUCAAAAACAAGUUGUAUGUGACAUUCAUUGCUGAAUUUUGCUCAGAAGUGAAGUACUGUAUGGUGUUGUUGAUGGGGGAGAAGGCAGAAAGAGUGUAACAGUUCAAGAAUAAUUUUAAUAAUUGGACAGAACAAUAUGGUUCAAGCAUUUUUCUAUUAAAUUGCCUGCAGGCAGUAAGUUAGCAAAAUGCGGGGAAAUAGUUUUCUGUGGAAGGUUGUUUUAUUUAAACAAAUAGCUUGACCCUCCCUAAUGAAAUUGAUAGUAUCUAUUAAUUGCUAUUGGUUCGUCUCGACUAGAAAUGUUAUGCAGUGGUUAUAAUUGCACUAAGGUCUUUGCAUUUUCUUUUUCUUUACAGAGAUGAAAUUGAAAGGAAGUGAAACUUGCCUGGAAGUUUCACUGAUUGCCACUCUUUAAAGUGCAAGGGACCAAAACCAUAUCAGAACGAUUUUUUUUUUCAAAUAAAAUUAUGCAGAGGCAGUGAGGUGAAAAGAGAACUAAUAUGUUGAAGGUUCAGGAAAGUGAGACUUAGCUUUUAGGUAAAAACAAUGUACUGUUUUAAAAUAUUCAGUACCAGCACAAUGGAUGGAAUUGCUUUGACGUGUUUGUAUCAAAGAGAUGGAUGAAUUGGAUGGCUUGACAAUUCCAGGUCACAGCAGACUGGAAAAUGGGGUUCUGUGGAAUGGAAAUGGAAAAUGUGAAAAUGUGCUUCCUUUGUGGGAACAUAAGAGACACACAAUUUUACCAACACAGUCUUAUGGUAAUGUCUCUCCUGGAGAUGGAGAAGCCAGUCUUUAGAGUGUAUGUGUGAUGAUUUUCCCCUGUAUCUUUGUCCAACCUGAAUAUGUUGCUUAUACACACAGCCCCCCAGGAGAUAUACAAGUCCAGACCUCUGUAAUUCUGACAGAUAAUGUCUUGUGUGUGUGUGUGUGUAAAACGACAGUGUAUGCAAGCCAAUCUGUGCGAAAGUCAGGUGGAUUGGAACCUUUGUGUACCCUGAGGAGUGCCUGUAUUUGUGUUGCGCUAAAGUGUAGCCAAGGGCACAUUUUUUGAAGGAGCUUUAUUUGCCCCUUGUCCUCCAUCAUACUAAUUUCCCUCCAUGGAAGUGAGAAAUCUCAUUUUGACAGUGGAUGCCAUUGGGAACUGUUGCUAUUCCCAUUCCUUUCCUUGGGUGCUGGUAGCAGAAGGACAAAUUGUGCUUGUCACAUGGACUGGGUGCCUUAAGGUGCUUUCCGAUGUGCUGCUGCUGGUCUUAAUUUAGGAGUUUGUUUAAAUAGGAAGAAGAUGUGACGGAUCUUUUCUUGCAGUUCAUAUUUGGCUUUUACAUAGUCCUCCUGAAAGGAAAAAAAACAAUCUAGCACUUCAGCCUGACCAGAUACCCUGUGGACUGAAUGUGAAGGUCCAAUAGCUUUUUCUAAGAUAAUUUAUUUUCCUUCCCUUUAACUCAACUGAUUUCGCAGGGAAGGGAAUUGGGGCAGGGUUGUGUUACCCUAGGACAGGAUCACUUUUAAAUUGUAGUUUUUAUAAGAUGCUAUAAACUUGUAUCUUUUUA